UUCAAGAUGGCGGCAAACCUGCCAUCGGAGUUCAGCAAGUUUGAGCGAUAUCGGCGGCAGAUAGGGGAUAUAUUUGAUGAAACCAAGACUGCCUUUGGAGAAAUUAUAGCGUCGGGACAAUUUGAACCAGGUCAGAUUUCUUUUAUUGAAAUCCCUGAAAAUGAAGAUGAAUGCGUGAAUAACACCCUAGAGAAGCCUCCUUGUAUACUGGUGCUUGGCCAGACGUGUUAUGCUAAACUCGUAGUUGUCAAUGAACUCCUUGGGGACCAAGUACUGCCGCAGGUUGACAGCGGGUACAAAACAGGCAGUUGUCGUAUGGUCCGGAUACGCUACGGAAUUAAGAAUCAUUUGAGUUUUAUGCUGCCCGAUAGUUUUGAACUUGUGGAUGAGCAUUUACAUAUAUAUAAAAGUGAGUGGACUACAGUGCCAAAGGAGGAAAUGGAGAUACAGGGAGACGUGCAGUUUGACCCGUAUCUUCGGAGCGCUGUUUUAGAAGUCUGCAUCAGUCACACGUUGUUGCAAGAAGGCGCACAACUAGUAGUAUCCCCUUGUAAUUGCAUCGGACAAAAUAUCAUACAGGUCUAUCAGAAAUGUUGUGAAGGAGUGCUUCCUAUAGUUAUUUACGCUCUCGAAAAUAACUGUUUAACAGACAAAGAGGUGCAGGAGUUGCGGAACUUCGAAGCGCCGCUCCCGAACAUCGGUGUGACGGAACUUACAGAAUCUGCAAAACAUUGUCUGAAAUAUAAUCCUGUUCAAGAGAAUACACAAUGCAAUGGCUGCCCCGAAGGCGUUAACAAUGAAUGCGACUCAAAUGACUCUGAUGAGCGUCCAAUAACAAUACGAGAGCAGUUGCAUGAACUCGGCUACUUGUCCCACGAAGCAAGUAAAAAACCUUUUUACAAAAAUCUUCAAGUUCUCAGUGUCACAGUUGACAGUGAGCUUGUUACAAACUUUGAUAACUUCUCCACAGUGUUGCUGUACGUCAGGCACGUACUUCAGUCGCACCUUGUCACAGCGGCUUCAAUUUUAAAUAACGCUCAUCAGCGUUGCCUGAAGAUGUUCAUCACCACUGCAUUUGACAUGGCCAGGGAUAUGAUGAUCACGCCAAGGAGGGUUCGAUAUGCCAAGGAGAAAGAAAUUUUUCUAUACGAAUCUUUGUUGGAAAUUGCAAGUCAGAAGCAAGAAGAGUUGAAAGAUCUGAUAAUUCACACGGUGUUGAGUAUGAAAGAGGACUUACUUGAAGAAGCAAGCAAUUUUAUAUUUGUUGGAGUUGACAUCCCUGAGAGCGGUGAGAUUACGCAAUCAAAAGACAUCAAGCAAUGCACCCAUCAGAUUCAAGACCUAGUGCUUAGCAGGCUGAACAGUGCCGUUGCUGGGAAAUUGAUCGGCUCUGUCAAUUGUCUGAGGGAUAGCUACAUUGGUACGCUCUCAAGGUGUCUAGAAAGUUUGGAGCGAGGGGAAGUGGAGUUGGAACCUUCAGCCAGCCUGGCACUCCAACAGAUUUUAAAUGCUGCGUAUCAAGUUGAAGUCAAUGUCAACACCAGUUCUUCGAUUGUCAGGAUUAUUUUAGAGAAGAUGAAACAGGUUAUUAGGUCAAUGCCCUGGAGUAAUCCUCCUAAAGUUGAUGCUGAAUGGAAAAAGAAGGUAGCCUUGGACAUGAUGAACAGUCUAAGUGAAUAUAAGUUGGCUAAGAAUAUAUGCUCUCAGUUUAAAACCAGACUUUGUAGUUCCCAUGAAGCGUUCAACCAGUCUAUGAAUAACCUAGAAGCAAAGCAUUCUGGGAGACUUGAGAAAACUGAAGAACAAAGGAUGAGAGUCCGGAAAAUUCAUGCUCCCAAACUUGCCAGGCUUUCCCUGGAAAGCACUUCUAUGCAAGACAUUAUACUGCACGGAAUGCCACAAAUGGGUCGUGAGAUUGGUCGUGGUCAGUAUGGUGUCGUCUAUGCGUGUGAUUCUUGGGGCGGCCAUUCGCCAUGUGCUUUGAAGUCGGUUGUCCCACCAGAUGAAAAGCAUUGGAAUGACCUGGCAUUGGAAUUCCAUUACACAAGAUCAAUUAAUGACCAUGACAGAAUAGUGACACUACGAGGAUCAAUAAUCGACAAUUCGUAUGGGAACGGUACGUCACCGGCUGUUUUACUGAUCAUGGACAGAUUGCAGCGCGAUCUGUACGUUGGGAUCAAGAUGGGAUUGGACACUGUCAGUCGAAUGCAGAUAGCCAUGGACGUCGUGGAAGGAAUUCGAUAUUUGCACAGUCAGGGUCUAGUACACCGAGAUAUUAAACUCAAGAAUGUCUUGCUUGAUAAACAAAACCGAGGAAAGAUCACUGACUUGGGAUUCUGCAAACCGGAAGCUAUGAUGAGUGGUAGUAUCGUUGGCACUCCUAUACACAUGGCACCCGAGUUGUUUACAGGUCGCUAUGACAACAGUGUUGAUGUGUAUGCGUUUGGUAUAUUGUUCUGGUAUAUAUGCGCUGGCCAUAUCAGGCUACCUUUGGCAUUUGAGCAGUGUGCAAGCAAGGACCAUCUUUGGAAUUCUGUGAGACGAGGUGUGCGACCCGAACGCUUGAUUCAUUUUGAUGAGGAAUGCUGGACUCUGAUGAACACGUGUUGGUCUGGUGAACCAGGGCAGCGACCUCUUCUUGGCGAGGUCCAUACGGCUUUAUCAAAAAUCUUUGAGAAAGCUAAAAAGAAUCCUUCCAAACCGCUGUAUCAUGGUCAUGCCCAGACUCACACUAGAGUAUCUGAUAAAAAAUACAGACUAACGUAG